CAGAUUGCAUCAUCAGCUUGCUGCUGCUACAAGUCAGUAGUGCAUUUAGUCAGUGUUGUUUUCCGAGGGAUUAUCACGUUCCGAGAUGCAGCUGAAAAGUGCCUGCGGAGCGUUGCUGAAGAUGGGCUUCCUGGGCGGUGGCAAAACCGCCCAAGCCAUGGCCCAGGGUUUUAUAUCGGCCGGUCUGGUUGACGGGAAGAAUCUCCGCGCGAGCUUCAGCCCGCAAGACGAGGCCAACAUGGUGGCGUUCCGCGGACUUGGCGCGCAGACGUUUACGGAGAACCUCCCGGUGGUGCAGGACUCGCAGGUGGUGUUCAUUACGGUGAAGCCGUGGAUUGUCCCCUUGGUGUUGGACAGCGUCAAGUCGAUUAGCGGAGGCAAGCUGUUCAUUUCGGUUGCGAUGGGACUGAAAUUGGCGGAUUUGGAGCAGUCACUCGUUCCGGAAGCUCGCGUGAUUCGAGUUAUGCCAAACAUUCCCACGUUGGUCCGCGCUGGGGCUGCGGUGUUUGUUCGGGGCAAGAAAGCUACCGAGCAGGACUGCGCGUUGACACAGACGCUGUUCGAAUCGGUUGGAACCUGUGACGAAGUCACGGAAGCGUUGAUUGAUCCCAUUACGGCACUGUCGGGAAGCGGUCCCGGGUACGUGUUUGCCAUGAUUGAGGCGAUGGCCGACGGAGCGGUCAAGAUGGGACUGUCGCGUGACUUGGCGUACAAGCUGGCCGCCCAAACGGUGAUGGGAGCCGGCAAGAUGGUCCGAGAAACUGGAAUCCAUCCCGGACAGCUGAAGGAUGACGUGGCGAGUCCCGGUGGGUCGACCAUCCACGGAUUGUCCUUUCUGGAGAAGAAUGCGUUCCGCUACAUCGUGGCCGGUGCCAUCGAGGCGGCCACCAACAGGUGUCGGGAGUUUUCCACGGAGAAAUGACCCAAACCAACGGACGCUUACAGCAGCGCCUCUCGAACUAAUUAAAUAACCACCGCAUGCAAACACA